UGCCUGGUGGGUUAGAUAAGAGCCUUUUGCAUUCUAGAUCAGGUUGCUGUUUUAAGUUACAUUAAUGGAGCCCCUUUGUGUUAACCUCCUCGCUGGACUCUUGUUGUCAGGACUCUGCGUUAGAUCGUCUUUUGCUUUUCCACCCGAGCAUUACAGACAACAGUUUCAAAGGCCUCAGGUCAACAAACACACUGCGCCUGAGCAGCCAAAGGGUCCAGCUGAAGAACGAGAGCCGUUGAAUACUAUCCGACUGACCUGCUAUCCAGACUCACUGGGGAUUGUUAUCGAAGCUGAUAUGUUUGGAGUUGGGGCUCCUGUUGAUAGUGCUGACUUGCGCCUUGGAGUGGAACACAAUGAUUUCUGUAGAGCGACAGCGUCUUCAGGAGAUGAGUACAGAAUAAUUGUUGGACUAAUGGACUGUGGCACCAAACACUGGAUGACUGAAGACUCUCUGGUCUACACAAACCUCCUCCUAUACUCUCCUGAGGCCUCUCCAAGUGGGGUGAUUCGCAUGGAUGAGGCUGUCAUUCCCAUUGAGUGUCAUUAUGAAAGGAAGUAUAGCUUGUCCAGUUCUUCACUCAUACCCACCUGGAUCCCCUUCACGUCUACACAAGCUGCAGUGGAGACCUUGGACUUUAACUUGAGAAUUAUGACAAAUGACUGGCUUUAUGAAAGGAGCUCUAAUGUGUUUUACCUCGGCGAGCCCAUCAGCAUCGAAGCCUCCGUCAGGGUUGGACAUCACAUGGGGCUCCGAGUGUUUUUGAGCAGCUGUGUGGCCACACUCCACCCAGACAUGUACUCCAUUCCCAGAUACGUCUUUGUUGAAAAUGGGUGCUUGGUUGACUCCAAGCUUCCCGGUUCAAAGUCACAAUUCUUACCCAGGACACAAGAUGAUAAGCUCCAGUUGGUCAUUGAUGCCUUCAGGUUUCAUAAUGAGGACAGAGGAGAGCUCUACAUCACCUGUCACCUGAAUGCUGUAGAGGCUCCAGCUGAGGCGUGCACUCUUGUAAAUGGAAGGUGGAAGUCUGCUGACGGUAAUGACUACUUAUGUGGGCAUUGUCAAAGCAAAAAUGAAGUUGGCCAAAGCAAGCCCAGCAGCCCUGCCAAGCUUGGUCCUCGUGGGUUUGGGAAGGAAUCUGAAUCCUUCUGGAGGAGCGACCUGAAGACAGAUAAAGUGUGGGAACAGGAGGCAAAUGUGGGUCCAAUGCUCGUUCUACCCGCCAUGCAGAAAAGUGGGCCUAUACCUGUGGAUGAGCUUCCUCCUGUUGGUAAAAUUGGCAGACCUGCGUUGUACGGCAGCCAGUGGAGAAGUGGAAUAAAUGACAGAAGAGCUGACCUGGCAAACGGACUUCAAUCUACACCGGAGCAGGUGGAGGUUCAGACUUCUGCUUCUGAACAGGAUGAGGACCUCAAAGGUGUAACAGAUCUAACGGACGAAGAUGCAGACAGUGAAGUUGAGGCACCUCUAGUGAAGGCAGCUGCUGUGGUCACCUUAAAAUCAGAGACUGAAAUGGUGGAAAAUAACAGCACAGCAGCCCUCGGCGACAUCGGCUCCACUGAUCAGGUCACAAUGGAUGUGACAUUACUGUCAAAUGCAACUGCUACAGACUCUGACCUUUCACAAUCAAAUGACCCAAAGAGAUAAUAAACAAUUAAAACUA